GUGAGGGACUGGCAAAAAGCAGAAGUUAACUUACUACACUGAAGAAAAAGAAGAAAGCUAACUGGGCGAUGUGAAAUGAGAUUUGUGAACUUUCUGUUAAGGCAUUAUUGGGCCCGGCUGGUUGUGUUUGAACUGAGAGCUGCCUUGCUGUUGCUGUGGCAGGUAUCAAGAUUUUAAACGUGCAAAUCUUAUUUUGUGUUAUUUGUGAUGCAAAAAUAAUGACUAACUCGAAGCAAAAGAACGAAGACUGUAUCGGACCAUCCAGCAAUGACGAGAGGACAGGACGACAGAGGACAGUAUGAUGUCAUUGCAAUUUCAGGUUGUUGCUACAGAGAAUGUGAACCCUGUUGCUGUGGAAGCCAACAUUGAUUGUGCACUUGCCACAGAGAAACUGGACGGUACCUGCUGCUACGUUAGCCUUUAUCAAGGUCAGCCUUACCUCUGGGCCAGACUCGACAGGAAGCCCAACAAGUCAGCAGAGAAGAGGUUUAAAAAGCACCAGCGUUCUCACAAAAGCAGUAAAGACUUCAUGUGGAACGUAGAGGAAGAUUUUAAAACAGUGCCAGAGACAUGGAUUCCAGCUCACAGAGUCAAACACCAUGAUGGCCAUCCUAUACCUGAUGAAAAUGGACACAUUCCAGGCUGGGUUCCAGUGGAGAAGAGCAACAAGCAGUACUGUUGGCAUUCCUCUGUGGUGGAUUAUGAAGUCAGGGCAGCGCUCGUUCUCCGGCCAAGCUCUGGUGAAGCCGACGUGUUGGAAAUUACAGCCGUCCCACUGGCAGAGCUGCAGGAACAAACGCUGGAACUGAUCGGAACCAACGUCAACGGAAACCCGUACGGACUUGGGAGUAAAAAGCAGCCGGUCCACUGCCUGGUACCACAUGGAGUCAUUCCAAUCCCAAACCUCCUGCCUGUGGACUUCCAGCAGAUCAGCUCCUGGUUCCAGGAAAGCCCAGAGGGCCGAGUAGAGGGCAUCGUUUGGCACUGCAACAAUGGCACUCUUAUUAAGGUCCACCGGCACCACCUGGGACUGCGAUGGCCUGAUGGGGACACCUGCCUCGCCAACAGACCUGUGGUGAUUCGCGUUGACGGGAAGGUGGAGGCCUGCAGCAGCAGCUUGUUCACGUCCUUUUUAUCACUGAACGGACACUUCUUCAGCCGGCUUCAGGAUGUGAACUUUGAGUCAUGAGCAAAAGACCAGGCUUCUUUUUUACGACCACAUCCCUGUGAGGAUCCAGCCAGAUAUGGGCACCACUGAAGAAGAAUUCCAAAAACUAAGACUGUUUAGGGCACAGAUUCAGCUGAAAGUCUUAUUAAAUUGAUCCAAGAGUCAUUAAACUGUAAGAGGUAAAACUACAUUCAGAGGAAAGUAAAUUUAAAGGGAUAUUUUCAACAUUUUGAAAUUGGAUUAACUGGAAAAGUUGUGAAUAUGGAGAAAUAGUUUAAAGGCUUACAGGUUUCCAAAAUGAAAAAUCAGAAAACUGCUAAAAAUACUGUAGAAACUGUGUCACUAACACUGCCAUAAAUAUAUACUGUGCAUAAAACUUGCAUGCUGGGUAAGAACUGAAAACACUAAACUCAAAUGUUUUGUCGUUCCUGUCUGGUUCUCCCUUGUUGCGAGGGAGUUUGUUAAUCAGCCUCGUCUGCAAUUGAAAUAAUAGAGAAAACAAAGGUUUUGCUGCAUAAAUGCAAGCAUGCAAUAACAGUGGUGUUAUUGGUAUGUCUGAUCAGCAAGAGGUUAGGUUAGAGGUGGGCCUAUCAUAUUGUUUUCAAAAAGUUUCCUUUUUGGGUUUUUUUGGCUGCACAAAAAUAAAAUUUCUUUUCAAGAUUA